CGACACGUCACACAACUCUUUUUAAGGAUUCUUUAUUAGUAUAGUAGUUGGGUUUAGUAGGUCGCAAAUCGCAAGUCGCAACCUCCGUCUUCUCCUCUUUCUGUGUACAUCGGACUGAAGCAAAAACCCUUCCCCAUUUUCCCCUACUCCCAAGUAUUGCUGAUGAUUGGGAUCUUGAUGAAGGAAUGAUUCUGGCAGAAAAUCACCAUGUGAACGCUCCAUCCAACAUGGUAAGAGAAACAGUUCAAAUGAGUCGUUUGACAAAUAGGGAGGCUGAGAACAGUCUUCACAAACAAAGUGACCAAAAUCCACGUCAAGGCCGUAACGGAAGAUGUAGAAACUUGGGGUCCAAUGGAACCAGUUCUCAACCUUGUUAUGAUGAAAAUGAUGGGGAAGUUAAUAGAUCAGGAAUAUCCACUAGAGAUGCUUCAGACAAUCUUAAUGCAAACAUGCAGCCUGAUGUUAUUCAUAAAAAAGCAAGGCAGCAGAAAGAAAUGACUUUCCAAGAUAUGUAUAACAACCAAGAUCUCUUUGAUGAUGAGGAUGAUGAUAGUGACUGGGAGCCUGCACAAGAGCGUGUAGAAAUUAAGAAGUGGUUCUGCACCAAUUGUACAAUGGUUAACCUUGAUGACACCAUCCAUUGUGAUAUUUGUGGGGAACAUAAAGAAUCUGGAAUCCUUAGACAUGGGUUUUUUGCUUCCCCCUUUUCACAAGAUGUAGGUUCUGCUGAAGUUGAGUCAGAAAUUAAAGAAAGACACAGAGACUUGGGCUGCCCAAUUUCAACCUUGAAUAGUUCCACGGCAGUAGGUUUUGAUGAGAGAAUGUUGCUACACUCAGAAGUUGAAAUGAAGUCACAUCCACAUCCAGAAAGACCAGAUCGUCUGCGAGCUAUUUCUGCUAGCCUUGCUACAGCUGGUAUAUUCCCAGGAAGAUGCUAUCCCAUUUCUGCAAGAGAAAUUACACAAGAAGAACUUAAAAAGGUCCAUUCCUUGGAGCAUAUUGAAGCUGUUGAACUUACAAGUCAUCUUCUGUCUAGUUAUUUCACUCCUGACACAUAUGCCAAUGAGCAUUCAGCAUGUGCUGCCCGGCUUGCAGCAGGCUUAUGUGCUGAUCUUGCUACAGCAAUCUUUUCUGGGCGUGCCAAAAAUGGUUUUGCUCUGGUUCGGCCUCCUGGUCAUCAUGCUGGUGUAAGACAGGCAAUGGGGUUUUGCCUCCACAAUAAUGCAGCAGUUGCAGCAUUAGCAGCUCAGGUUGCAGGAGCUAAGAAAGUGCUAAUUGUUGAUUGGGAUGUUCACCAUGGGAAUGGUACACAGGAGAUAUUUGACCAGAACAAAUCGGUCUUGUAUAUAUCAUUGCAUAGACACGAGGGGGGAAAGUUUUAUCCUGGUACGGGAGCUGCACAUGAGGUUGGUACCAUGGGGGCAGAAGGAUACUGUGUGAAUAUUCCGUGGAGUCGUGGGGGAGUUGGUGACAAUGAUUAUGUUUUUGCCUUUCAGCAUGUUGUGCUUCCCAUAGCCUCUGAGUUUGCUCCUGAUCUCACCAUCAUAUCAGCAGGGUUUGAUGCUGCAAGGGGUGAUCCCUUAGGAUGCUGUGAUGUUACUCCUGCAGGCUAUGCACAGAUGACUCAAAUGUUGACUGCCCUUUCUGGUGGAAAGUUGCUUGUUAUUCUUGAGGGGGGCUAUAAUCUACGUUCUAUAUCAUCUUCUGCUACUGCAGUCAUUAAGGUAUUGCUGGGUGAAAUUCCUGAAUGCGGUUUGGAUAUUUUACCUUCUAAAGCUGGUGUGCAAACUGUUCUGGAAGUCCUUCAAAUUCAGAUGAACUUCUGGCCUACUCUGGGUCCCAGAUUUUCGGAUUUGCAGUCACAAUGGGGAACAUACUGUUUGAAAAACAAAAAGAAACAUAUUAAAAAGAGACGGCUGGCUGUGGCACCAUUAUGGUGGAAAUGGGGACGGAAAAGUUUGUUGUAUCAUCUCCUAAAUGGGCAUCUCCAUGUAAAUCAAAGGGGCGGAGAUUGAUUUUGUAGAUUAUAUGCAUACCUUGUAAUUUUGUGCACCUUUGUAAACCAUCUAGUUUCAGGAUAGUAUCAUUUUUUGCAUGCUCAUGACCUUUGUCAAGGUAUGUAUGGUGCUUUUGCGGCGUUAAAUUUCAGAACAGAUUUCACCCUUACUGUGUCCAUAUGAUUUUAUUGCAGUGUAUUAACAGCCUCUAGCGCAAUUUAGAUUCAA